CUGAACUAUUCCUUACUUCAUUGCUCUUCCUGAGAUAGAUGAAGACUUCAUAAGUCUGAGCAUGGGUCCUUAAAACGAAAUGAAGAGAGUUACAAGACAAAGUGAAUCUCCUGCUAAGCCAGCUCUAAACAGAAAUGUCACUAAAGCCGCCUUAAAAAACUUCCAGCAAGUCAACAUCAAAAUCCAAUGGCACCAUAGCAGGAACAAUGAAUAAUAUGGCUGGAAUGGAAGGAAGAGAAAAAAAUUAGAUGCUUCAAUAGAAUGCUCGGAUUUGGUCGGCAACAAGGGAAGUAACAUCAGCGGCAAUCAUAUUGCUCUGGUUCAGAAAACCGGUCCUUUAGUUCCUCUUAACACGCAACCAGAUAAUGAUAAAGAUGACUUAAGAAAAGCAUUCUGGCCUUGCCAAAUAAUUAUGUCUGAACAAGUGAAUUUCAAGUAUGGAUUGUGGAUUGAAAAAUGCCAUGGAAGUGGUGCUUUUAUGCAAGUGCAAACCUGCAUUUGCAUUCUCCCGAAACCUAGCAGAGGUGGGGGUUGCGUUUCACAUUCACAUCCUUCCUUUUUUCUCUCUGGCUUACUGAAUCUGUCUGUGAAGUGAGUCGGACUACAGUCUCCGCGAGGACAACAUUUGUGGCCGCUGAUUUGACUGUGACACUGCCUGGAGGACCUGGGGAGGUCAAUCAACACCGUGCCUGCCUCAUCUAGAGAGUCAAGGUCAGCCGCACGCCAUCGAAAGCCAGUCGACGCCGCUAAUUCUCUGCUCUCCAUCCACCAUGUUACACAAAGAGUUCAGGAAACUGGAAUGCUGGAGUCAAGUGGCUUUGUCAGUGUCUAGAGCUCCUGGUAAUUUAAUAGGCGACCCUGAACAAGUCAUUGAAGCUUUUUCAACCAACCGCUCCCUUCACACGAUUCUCGACGAUGGAGAGCUCGCAGAACUGAAAGGAAACUGCAUGGCUUGGCUUUAUAAAGUGCAGGUUGAACGGACCCUGGAAAAUGUGCACCAAGUCAUGCAGCCAAACCUGAACACCAUUGUAGUAAAUGCUAUCCAGAGCUAUCAAGAAGCAGAAGUGAAACUACACCCAUUUUUAUCGCACUACAUUCGAUCACAAGUGUACCCGGCUCGAACAAAUGAAACGUGGGGAAGUCUACGGCUGGAAAAAGUGACAACGCCUUGCCUUGAUAUUCACUUUGCUCCAAAAAUGAAGCCCUUGUUUUACCACCGGGCACAGCAAGUUGUUGAUAAACCUCUCCUUACAAAAGCUGGAAACAUUAGGUUAAAGCCUAGAAACUCUUGCUCGAAUUGGGCUGGUCUGACACCACCCCCACCUGGACUAAAAAACGGAUUAUGCGCUCUGAACUCUAAGACAAAUUGUAUUUCAUCGCUCAUUCGCCGUGGAUUCUUAACCUCAGCCAGAGAGAUUACAGCGAAUGUAAAAGAGGGCCCCCUGAAGAGAAUGCUAGAGAGGCUGAUGAUAAACAGGUGUACCUACUCAGAAUAUGUAGACCGCGAGAGGCAAAUGGCAGUGGUUGAGCAUUCUCCCUGGUUUGCUCAUGAUGAGUGGGACACGAACGGAAUCUGGGAGUAUACCUUCUUCCGUUCAGAAACAGUUCUGCAACGGAAGAAGGUGUGCUCCAGAUGUCCGUUCGUGGAACAUGUGUUAAAUGGCCCUCCGCACUUGACCUUGCAAGAGCUGUCCUUCUUGGCAUGUCCUGAGGAAGAACAUGAAGAGUUUAAGUGUCCAUCCUGCAAACAAGGCUAUCUUAAGUUGAACAUCAUCAACUUAAACGCUACGAUUGUCGUUGACACAACGUUGCCUGGAGUUGCAGACAGACUGAUCACUUUAAGAGAGGCAGAACCCAAGUUGCCUCAUUUUUUACUGAUGGGAGAACGCGUCUUUGCGCUCACAGGAAUGGUUGUAGACGAGGCCGAUGAGGAACUCGAUUCAGUGAGAUCGAGACACUUGUUUCCGAGAGAAGACGUUUGGAGUCUACUUGAGGCUGUGGACUUUAUUGAUCCUGAAAAUAUUGGCAUGAGAGACAAGGACUCGGAUGAUGAGGAUGAUGACAAUGGCGAAGACCAAGAAGACGACAACACAAAUUAUUCACAUAAUUUUUUCAUCGAAUUUACGAUGCUUGGUGUCAAAGAACGAAUCGACGACAAUAACACCACAAAAUGGGAAGAUAGAAGAGGACCAUUUUACGAGAGAGAAGGGUUUAUCUACAGGUUACAGUACGCCUAUUACUCAUGGCUCGAUCAAGUGAGUGGGUGGCCGAAAGAAGAAAAUAAGAAAGAAGAGGAUCGAGAAAAAGAGGAAGAUGAUGAGGAAGAGGAAGAGGAAGAGGAAGAGGAAGAGGAAGAAGAAGAAGAAGAAAAAACUGAAAAUGAGGAUGAAGAGAACGAAGAAGAGGAAGUGGAUGAAGGCAAUGAGGAUGAAGACAAGGACAAGAAGAAGGAGAAAACCAACAAGGAAAAGUACACGGAGGACGAAGAGCUCAACAUGACCAAGCCCAUCUGGACUCGCAACCCGGACGAUAUUGGCCAGGAAAAAUACGGCGAGUUCUACAAGUCUCUGACUAAUGACUGGGAAGACCAUUUGGCUGUAAAGCACUUCUCCGUUGAAGGUCAGCUUGAGUUCAGAGCUCUGCUCUUCAUUCCUCGUCGCGCACCCUUCGAUCUGUUUGAGAACAAGAAGCGCAAGAAUAACAUCAAGCUGUAUGUGCGCAGAGUCUUCAUCAUGGACAACUGUGAGGAGCUCAUCCCCGAGUACCUCAACUUUGUCCGAGGUGUGGUUGACAGCGAGGAUCUGCCCCUCAACAUCUCUCGUGAAAUGCUCCAGCAGAACAAGAUCCUGAAGGUUAUUCGCAAGAACUUGGUCAAGAAGUGUAUGGAGCUCUUCGAUGAGAUUGCUGAGGACAAGGAAAACUUCAAGAAGUUCUACGAGCAGUUCUCAAAGAACCUCAAGCUGGGCAUCCACGAGGACUCCACCAACAGGAAGAAGCUGUCUGAGCUUCUCCGCUACAGCACCUCUGCCUCCGGAGACGACCAGUGCUCCUUGAAGGAAUAUGUUGCCCGCAUGAAGGAGAACCAGAAGCACAUCUACUACAUCACUGGCGAGAACAAGGACCAGGUGUCCAACUCGUCCUUUGUUGAGCGUGUCAAGAAGCGUGGCUUUGAGGUUGUGUACAUGACCGAGCCCAUUGACGAGUACGUCGUGCAGCAGCUGAAGGAGUUUGAGGGCAAGCAACUUGUCUCCGUCACUAAGGAGGGACUUGAGCUGCCUGAAGACGAGGCCGAGAUCAAAAAGCGUGAGGAGGACAAGGCCAAGUUUGAGAACUUGUGCAAGGUCAUGAAGGACAUUCUGGACAAGAAGGUGGAAAAGGUCGUGGUGUCCAACAGACUGGUCGAGUCUCCUUGCUGCAUCGUCACCUCUCAGUACGGCUGGACGGCCAACAUGGAGCGCAUCAUGAAGGCGCAGGCCCUGCGUGACUCUUCAACCAUGGGUUACAUGGCAGCUAAAAAGCACCUCGAGAUCAACCCCGACCAUCCAAUUGUUGAUGCACUGAGACAGAAGGCUGAUGACGACAAACAUGACAAGGCUGUCAAGGACUUGGUGAUGCUGCUCUUCGAAACUGCCCUGCUCAGCUCUGGCUUUGCCCUGGAGGAACCCCAGACCCACGCCUCUCGCAUUUACCGCAUGAUCAUGCUUGGUCUCGGCAUUGAUGAGGACGAAGCUCCUGUUGAGGCUCCCGUUGCUGAGGAGAUGCCACCUCUUGAGGGUGAUGCUGAGGACGUCUCCCGCAUGGAGGAGGUCGACUAAACCUUUUGCUCCGUUCAUUUCUCCCAUAAUUUUUUCUUUCAUUCUGCCAUUUCGUAAGUAAUAUAAUAUGUAUUGGACUUCAGUGAUUUUGAUGACCUCAUGGAUAAGAUAGACUAAACCCUUUGCUGUGCCUUGCUGAAAUUUUUGCUUUUAAGUGUAUGUUCUUGAAGUGAUAAAUUGUCCAGUCAUUCAGAAUGAAGAAUGAUUGCAACACAACACAAGUAUAUUGAUAAAUUUUCAUUGUCUACUGUAUAAAUUAACAGUGUUCAUCUCUGUGCAUUAAUGUUUUCAGUUCAUUCCAACGUGUCAUAUAUAUUUUUUUUUAAAUUUCCAUUUC